AUGAUUGGCCAGGAAGUAUUCACAAAUCUCAUGCAUAAGAGCAAAAUAAACAUUCAAAGUCAGCCACAUAUCGAAAGAAAAACGGCAAUUAUAUGUACCAUUGGACCGGCAUGUGGAAGUGUGGAUAACCUGAAGGAAAUGAUUUCAUCCGGAAUGAAUAUUGCUCGUUUGAAUUUUAGUCAUGGAUCUCAUGAAUAUCAUGCAACAACAAUCAAAAACAUACGUGAAGCAGUGCAAAGUUUUCAUCAAAAACCGAUAGUUGGAAUUGCUCUAGACACUAAAGGACCUGAGAUUCGUACUGGACUUAUAGACGGAUCCGCUACUGCGGAGAUAGAACUAAAAAAAGGAGCAAAAAUCAAGCUCACGAUAGAUAAAGCAAUGGCUUCAAAAUGCAAUGCUAAUAUAUUAUACGUCGAUUAUGAGAACAUGCCAAAAAUUCUGAAUCCUGGAGCACACGUAUUUAUCGAUGAUGGACUCAUUUCAGUGGUGGUGGAUAGCAUCCAGGGCAAGGACAUAAUGUGUACAAUUGAGAAUGGGGGCAAAUUAGGUAGCAAAAAAGGAGUCAACCUUCCUGGUACCAAAUGCGACUUGCCUGCUGUUUCAGACAAAGACACUAAAGAUCUGAAAUUCGGUGUCGAACAGGGUGUUGAUAUGAUAUUUGCAUCAUUUAUUCGAAACGCUGAAGGUGUACGUACAAUACGACGUAUUCUUGGCGAGAAAGGAAGAUUUAUUAAAAUUAUAGCGAAAAUUGAAAAUCAGGAAGGCAUUGAAAACGCAGAUGAAAUAAUCAGAGAGGCAGAUGGGCUGAUGAUAGCACGCGGUGAUUUGGGUAUCGAAAUUCCCACUGAGAAAGUAUUCGCAGCGCAAAAAAUGCUAAUCGCACGAUGUAACUUAAUGGGAAAGCCCGUAGUAUGUGCUACUCAAAUGCUUGAAUCAAUGACCAAGAAGCCAAGACCUACCCGAGCUGAGGGUAGUGAUGUAGCAAAUGCAGUACUCGAUGGUAGCGAUUGUGUUAUGUUAAGCGGUGAGACAGCAAAGGGAGACUAUCCUGUAUUAACACUAUUAACUAUGAGUAAGUUAUGCUUGGAAGCCGAAUCGACCGUGAACUACCAAGAAGUAUUCCGUGAAGCUCUUCUGUGCAUGAAGAAACCUCCAGAUGUCACACACACGAUUGCGAUUGCAGCCGCUUCUGCAGCAAUUUCAUGCAAUGCAAGCGCUAUCAUAGUGCUAACUGCCACAGGGCACUCCGCCAGUUUGGUGAGUCGUUAUCGUCCCAUGGCACCAAUUAUUGCAAUAACUCGAGAAGAGCAAGCCGCCCGACAAAUGCAUCUGUUUCGUGGUGUCCAUCCAACACUUUACACCGAGCCAAAAAAUGAGGAUUGGAAGGCUGAUAUUGAUCUGCGAGUGGCUCAUGGUAUGAAAGAAGGGAAAGCUUGUGGUUUUAUUAAAUCAAAUGAUUUAAUCAUCAUUAUCACAGGAUGGUCCAAAGGAUCCGGACAUACGAACACAAUGCGUAUUAUUAGAGUGCCAUGA